CACCUUUGUCUGUAGGCGCCAUCAAGGCUAAGCUAAAGCACACUAAUCCCAUUUCCCACGAAACCAGAUGCUUUUAAUCUAGUCUCUGCUCUCUACGUUCGAACACAUUGAUCUAGUAGACAGCAUCUCGGGCUCGGGGUGAUUGGAUAAGCAGCUCCUAUUUGUCCAGAGAACUACUUCCGGAAUUGAACAUUGCAGAGAGGAAAACCCACUUUCCUAAAAACACCAUUUUUGCGAGCAAGAAUGAGUGGAAGAACCAAACCCCGAUCACCACAUUUCCCCUCCUCGGUUUUCUUGUGCUUUCUCGUCCUGUCAUGUGUGUUGCAAUCGUGCCAUGUUGCAGCUUCGCAACCCAUCAAAACCAUCGUAGUUCUGGUCAUGGAAAACCGGUCCUUCGAUCACAUGUUGGGAUGGAUGAAGAAAGGCAUCAACCCAUUGAUCGACGGAGUCACCGGACGAGAAUGCAACCCGGUUUCUACCAAAAACCCGAGUGAUGAUUCCAUUUGUUUCACAGAUGAUGCAGAGUUUGUGGAUCCGGAUCCGGGUCAUUCGUUUGAAGCUGUGGAACAGCAAGUGUUCGGCUCUAGUCCCAUUCCUUCCAUGUCUGGAUUUGUCGAACAAGCAUCCUCAAUGUCUCCCAACCUCUCUGAGACAGUCAUGAAAGGAUUUCGACCCGAAUCCGUGCCCGUUUACGCCGCUCUGGUUCGUGAAUUUGCAGUAUUUGAUAGGUGGUUUUCUUCAAUUCCAGGUCCAACCCAACCCAAUAGGCUUUUUGUGUACUCUGCUACUUCUCACGGUUCAACAAGCCAUAUUAAGAAGCAAUUGGCUAAAGGGUAUCCUCAGAAGACCAUCUUUGACUCUCUACACCAGAAUAAAUUGGACUUCGGAAUCUAUUACCAGAACAUUCCAACAACCUUGUUCUACAGAAAUUUAAGGAAGCUGAAAUACAUAUUCAAGUUCCAUCAGUAUGAUUUGAAGUUCAAGAAAGAUGCCAAGCAAGGGAAGCUUCCACCAUUGACUGUAAUUGAGCCUAGGUACUUUGAUUUAAAGGGGUUACCUGCAAAUGAUGACCAUCCAUCCCAUGAUGUGGCAAAUGGACAAAAGCUGGUUAAGGAAGUGUACGAGACACUAAGAGCAAGCCCUCAGUGGAACCAGACUCUUCUGGUGAUUACAUACGAUGAGCAUGGUGGGUUUUACGAUCAUGUGAAGACUCCUUUUGUUAAUAUUCCAAGUCCAGAUGGGAACACAGGACCUGCUCCGUACUUCUUCAAGUUUGAUAGAUUAGGGGUUCGGGUGCCAACUAUUAUGGUUUCUCCUUGGAUCAAGAAAGGGACUGUGAUAAGCAGUCCCAAAGGACCUUCUGAGAACUCGGAAUUUGAGCACUCUUCCAUCCCAGCUACCAUAAAAAAGAUGUUCAACCUGUCAUCUAACUUCUUGACUCACAGAGACGCUUGGGCCGGCACGUUUGAGCACGUUGUCGGGGACUUAACUUCACCCAGAACAGAUUGCCCAGUGACAUUGCCGGAGGUGAAGGCUCUAAGGAGCAGCGAAGCAAAAGAGGAGGGUGGGCUGUCGGAGUUUCAGAGUGAGGUGGUCCAAUUGGCUGCUGUUCUAAACGGCGACCACUUCUUAAGCAGUUUCCCAAACGAGAUGAGCAACAAGAUGAGUGUGAAGGAAGCUCAUGACUAUGUUAGGGGAGCGGUUUCAAGAUUCACGAGAGCCAGCAAAGAGGCCAUCAAUUUAGGUGCUGCUGACUCUGCCAUUGUAGACAUGAGAUCGUCCCUCACAACUAGAUCCUCAAUUCACAACUGAAAUGUGGUAUUCAAUGAUUGCUUUGUAUUGUAUUUAACUAGAUAUUUCAACUCAUGCAAUGUACAGGUCCAUACAAAUUGGAAAUAAUUAAUGAAUUGUUCACUA